AUGAGCAGGGGCGGCGGAGAGAAGGGCGUGUUCUGGAGGCUCCCCGUCGUGCGGUCAAAGGAGCUCGGAAAGCUCGGCCCCGGCGUGGGAAUCGGCGCCGGCUGCGGCGUCGGCCUGGGUCUCGGCCUCUUCGGAGGUCUGCCAAUCGAAUAAGCUCUUCCCCAUCUCCUUCCCCCCCGCCCUGCGUUUAGGGCUUGACGAUCUCCAUCUCCUCGUCGCCCUCUUCCCGGAUACCUGCUACCCGCGUUUCUGUUCUAGGGUUUCGCGCACUGUGGGUCUGACGCUGCUCGGUUUCCCUCGUGUUUCUUUUCCGAGCAGGUGCUGGCGUUGGGCUUGGAUUCCCUGGACUGAGUCUGGGGUUUGGAGUGGGCGCCGGAUGCGGUGUCGGCCUGGGUUUCGGCUAUGGCGUCGGGAGAGGCGUUGCUGUGGACGAGAACCGUAGACAUUCCAACAUGGGAAAUGCGACGGGAACUUUCCUUUCUGAGUGAGUUCGCUUUGGCGUCUCCUUACUGGAGCUUCUUCAUGCAGAUUGUGAUUCUGAAUGCAUGCCUUCUCCCCUGAGUCUCCAUUGGAGACCUGGUGCGACAGAUGGGCUCAUGAACAUGCGCGUGGUUGGAUGAUGAACCUUUUCAAAAAAAUUUAUCUACUUCUUGCUGUUGCUGAAAAUAUUGUAUGGAUUUCAUGUUAAUCCCCAAAAACUCGGAAAACAUAAGCAUGAUCUAGACUUCGAAAAAAAUAAUAUAUUGAUUAAAAGGGCAAAAUGGCCCUUUUAAUUCUGAGAAUUUUUCUCAGAAUCAACCAACUUCGUGGAGUCCGAACUUAUUUUUUUUCCCAUCAUUUCUUUCUCUUUCCCAAGCAUGAGGAGCAUCCUACUUCUUGCAUCAUUAUUGGGUAGAGACUGCUCCUUGUGAAAGGGCAUUCCCCUUCUAAUCUCAGAUGGUAACCCAGAUCAUCGCCCUCGUUGAAGAGAGAGAGAGAGAGAGAUGCAGCCUCAUCCAGCUAGUUUGUGCAUGCUCUUAUCUGGCAGGUCGUCAAUCAAUUUGAUAGAUCCAUGUUGACGGACAAGGCUCUUACAAGUCUUCUUCCUCAGAGUAAAUUUAAUGAGUACUCAUUCAGAACAAGUAGGCGGCCGGGAGCUGAGUCUCUCCCACUGACCAAAGAAUGAUUUUUAUUCAGUGUCGGCAUUGUCAACGCUUCAUCCCUCCACUCUGGAUGAGCCAAGAUAUUCUUGCCGCUGUAAGCAUCAUGGGUAGAAAAAGUUGCCUCUCCACAGCUCCCAUUCAACCAGGAACCUUCAUGUUUCUUCUUUUGUUAUUCGAGUAUUACUCCUGCUUGUCAUUCCCUGCAGCUCCAGGAAAUUCAGUGGUGGAGGGUAAGCUUAUUAUUGAAUACAAGCAAAUGUGGAGGAAGAACAGAUGUGGCAAUAAUGGGUGUAAUAUAGCGAUUUAAUUGCGAUUCAAGAAAAAAAUAUUUGUUACUCAUACCUUGUGUAUGUUCGGUCAUUGUGCGAUUAAAAAAACUUAAUGACGUCAUUAUUGCUGCCCCAUGCUCAUGGAUUGAAAAUUUUGAAUACUGUGCUGUUGCUAUUUAUAUUGAUGAUCUCGCCGUACUUCAGGAGCUCCUGAAAAGCGUGAUGUUCUUCACCUUUGGCAUCUUCUCUUUGUGACUUCACCCCCUGGCUAAGAUCUUCUCUUGACCUGCCGUUUCUGCAGAGAUUACCUCAAUUCCCUAGUCGACGAGCUUGUGGAGAACACAAAGAAGCUGGCGAGGGCUACCUCAAAGACCGUUGAAAAGUGGAGGUGA